CAUCUCUCUGUUCAAAUAUAUUCAAACUUCUCUCUUCUUCUUUAAAAAUCCUUCCUUUUUUUCUUCCUUUAAAAAAACCCUUUCAAACUUCUGAAUUCAAGAUUUCGCUCUAAUUUUACCUGGGAAAUUCAAUGACCAUUUAUUCUCACUUUGAAUAUCUCCACCUUCCAACUUCUUUAUAUACAGCAACAUAAUCCCGAAACUGUUUUUUUGUUAAGAAGUUUUAACUGUCAUUUUUGCUUGAAUUUCUCCAAAUCAAAGAUGGAUUUUCAUGGAUUAAAGAGGAAAAAACUCCAAGCACUUUGCAAGAAGCAUAGAAUUCCAGCAAACUUAAAGAAUUCACAAAUGGCCGAACGUCUUUAUACUCUUCUCAAGGAUGAAAAACCCACGAAAAUGGGAAAAUCUUGCUUGAAGAAUCUGAAUGAUGUUGAAACUGAUGAGGAGGUAGUACUAAAGAAGGUAAAAUUCAGCCCACAAAAUGAAACUUUUUUUUUUGAGAAAACUGAUCCUAGAGAAAUGAGAUUACUGGCUAGAAAGGAGAGGGGUUUUCAAAAACCCGAAAUCGAAGAAAACCCGGUUUCAUUUAGUGGGAAUUCAAGUGUGGGUGAAGUGAAAAAUGUUGGUAAUGUGGAAAAACCUGCUGAGAGAAUUCAGAGGAGAAAGUCUAUGGUGGUUAAUUCAGACACAGUUUUAAACUCUAAAGCUGUUAAUAAUGUGGAAAAACCGGUUGAAAGGGUUUUAAGGAGGAGGUCUGUUGUUGUUACGCCUAGUGCAGUUUUACAACCGAAAAUUGUUGAUGAUGUGGUGAAACCUGUUGAAAGAAUUUUGAGGAGAAGGUCUGUUGUGGUUAAGACGAAUGCAGUUUUAGACUCGAAAAUUGUUGAUACUGUGGUGAAACCUGUUGAAAGAAUUUUGAGGAGAAGGUCUGUUGUGGUUAAGAAGAAUGCAGUUUUAGACUCGAAAAUUGUUGAUACUGUGGUGAAACCUGUUGAAAGAGUUUUAAGGAGAAAGUCAGUUGUGGGUAAUGUGGAGAAACAAUGUGGUGAAAGAGGGGUUUGGGAGAAUAAUCUGAAGUCACAUGGGAAAAAGACGGGUGUAGAAGACAUAGUGCUGUCGCCGUGUAUAGAGGAGGGUAAAUUGAGUAGAAUAGGGGAACAAGGAGCUUCUGCUGAAGCUGAUAGACAAUCUGAUAAGUUAGUUGAUCUUGUAGUAGAAAGGAAGCAGUUGAAGAGAACAAAAUUGUUGGCUGAUAUUGCUGUUAAUGUUGAUAAUGGUGUUGGGGUUUCAGAAAGGAAUAAUUUGGCUGAGGAAGGUCAGGUGAGGAGGUCAACGAGACAAGUACAGAAUCUCACAGCUUCAGGUUGUAAAUCAGGUUCUAAGAAGGAGAAGAAUGAUGGAGUGUUGGAUCAAGCUGUUGUGCAGAAAGUUCAACAAAACUCUCCUGAGAUGGGGCCAGGUGCUAAGAAAGGAAAGAGGGGAAGGAAGAUAACUGUGUUAAUAGACUGUAGCACAGAGAAUCCUGGUGCUGUUGAGAUUGGUUAUGUCGUAGACAAGGAGACUAUACUGGGUGAUUCUGCUCCAGCGCAGAGCCUUUCAGAAAGCGAGGAGCACAAUAUAAAUGGUACGUGAGGAAUCUAUUAUCUCUGUUCGAUAAGUCAAUAAGGGUAGGAUACCAAAAAAUAGAAAAAAAAAACAAGAGUAACUGGUUACUUUCAUUAAAAAAUAGAAAAUGUAAUAAUAGAAAAGGGAACUACCUAAUUUUUUUAAAAAAAGUAAAAAAAGAUUAAAAAAAAAGCCAUUACAAAAAGAAAACAGUCAACAAUUCAAAAAUUCCUAAUUUAUUAGAUAUAAUUAACAAUUAUUUUAAUUUUCUACAUCCCUUCAAAAAAUUAAUUUUCUACUUUAUUUUCGCAAGUAUCGCGUGCAUAUAAAACUAAUUUCACUGAAUGUCAAUGUGAUUGUAACUUGUGAUGCCAUUAGAAAAUUCAAGUAUGUUGAACAUCGUUUCAAUAUGUCUGCUAAAGAUUUUUGAUUCAUGGUUGUAACAGAAAAUUUAGUUCUAUGGUAACGCCAACUGCAGCAACUUUAGAAAUGUAUUCGGAGAACACACUAGAGCAAUUGCUUGAAUUUCUAGACUUUCACAGCAUCUAUUUUGCUAAACUCCAAUGAACUGUCCUCACUAUUUCGAGUGCAAUUAGAUGUUAAUGGGCCUUAUACGGAUUUGUAUUGAAGGUCGUUGAGCUAGGAUGAAUGAGAAAGUGAGAACUCUGCAUGUUGUCAUACUCAUGAUAAAACUGAAUAGGUUGAUGCUUGUCAAUAUCUUUUCGUCUAUCUUUUUUUCUAAAUAAUUUAUGUGCUGUUUUAGAGCAAUACCAUGCUACUGGACACUCCAUUUCUGCAGAGAAGAAAGUAGAAAAUGUUAAGGAGUCUACUGAUUUAUCUCCCAAAAGCUCUGAAAAACUGUAUGUGAUGUUCAACACAUUGGAGGACUCGAAAGACAAGAGGGACU